GCAUUGCAUUGCACUCUCGACCACGCAACUGUCUCUACACGCACCACCAUCGCCGCCGCCAUGAGAUCGAUAUUCAGCUCUGUCGCCCUCUUCCUGAGCUGCGCCGAGGCUCUGUACUUCUACAUCGAUGGCCCGACCCAGAAAUGCUUCUUCGAGGAAUUGCCCAAGGACACCUUGGUUGUUGGUCACUUCAAAGCGACGCAAUAUGAUCACAACUCCCGAUCAUACCAACCCAAUCCCGACAUGGGCGUCUACAUAACCGUCGAUGAACUCUUCGACAACGAUCACCGCGUCGUCUCACAACGUGGCCGCGCCGACGGCAAGUUCACCUUCACCGCAGCCGACUCCGGCGAACAUCGCCUGUGCUUCACCCCCACCAACGUUCCCGCGACCUCCGGCUUCCUCUUCAGCGGCAGCCAAGUCGGUGGCAUCAAGUUCGAGCUCGACAUGGCUAUCGGCGAGACAUCACAAAUCGAAAGCAGCGAUAAGGAAAAGUUGGACGAAGUUGCGCAAAAAGUCAAGGACCUGAAUGCAAGGUUGCAAGACGUGCGAAGAGAACAGAUCUUCCAGCGGGAAAGAGAAGCAGAGUUCCGCGAUCAGUCCGAGAGCGUCAAUUCGAGGGUCGUGAGAUGGACACUGAUUCAGAUUGUCGUGUUGGGAUUGACAUGCGCAUGGCAGUUGAGCUAUCUGCGCAACUUCUUCAUCAAGCAAAAGUUGACAUAGGCUGGUGUGGGAGAUGUGUAUAUGCAUAGCGGGUACAGGACAGGAGUCAGGAGGGAGGGGAUUGGACGCAGGAAGUCCGAAUCUCGUGACUACGAUAUACUGAUAGACGACGAAAGUUCAUGUGCUUAUUCAUUUAGCCUGCAUUACAGGUCAACUCUCGAGACCACCGCAGCGAGGAUGAUAUCCUGGGGCCAUGGCUCAGCGAAGGACAGAGAGCCAACGCCACGCAUCGCUUUCAUCAGGCAGAGUCACAUGAUUGGAGCCAACCGACCAAUUCUCCACCGCAACCAGCAGGCAUCGAGACACGGGCUCUUGGCAGAAGUGUUCGAAGUUCAUCUACGCUGCCCUCUCGAAUCUCCCCA